AUGCUGCGACGUCCCAAACCAGGCGGCUCGGAGGAGGAUCUCCUGAGGGAGCAGGAGGAGUUCAUCAGGUCUGGUGCUCUGUCCGCAGCUAGUGUCACCCGUCGCCCCGACAAGAGGCGCGGCGAGGCGGGGGAAGAUCCUGAAGAGGAUCGGCUUGAUCACAAUGCUAAAAGUCAGAGGGAUGUGGUUACCAUAGAAGAUCUUCCCGAUGAGCUUCCAUCUCUGACACCGGCGCCUCCUAAGAAGUCCCGCUUCAAAAACAGCCGUGUCACCUUCGAGGAUGAAGAUGCGGGAGAGAGGCUGGACAGACAUGACACCCACAUCAGUGCAGUUCUCUCUAAGAUUGUUGAGCGAGAUACAAGCUCCAUUCCCAUAUCACUACCGGAAUUUACUGGCUUGGCGUUCCCUAAAGCUUUGCAUCGCUCUGCAAAUGGCUUUCAGGUCCCUCUGUCGGCCAUGGGUGGGAAGAAAAGCAUCUUUGCGCAACAGAUUGAAGCCCAGAGACUUAAAGAGGGAAAGCCUCCAUUAAACUUUACAUCUACCUACAAACCUAUGGAAAUAGAUACGACUUUUCCUUCUGGAGACUCAGCGCCAUCUACAGUGUCAACUUUGGUGACUGGUGAAGGACUGGGGUGUCCCGAUAGGUCAGAGGAGACCAGGAGGAUCCACAGGGAAAACCAAGAGAAGAUCCUAGCAAUGUCCCCAUCUGAGAUACUGGAGGAACAGGAAAGACUCUUAUCUCAACUCGAUCCAAGGCUGGUGGAGUUUGUUCGAUCUCGCAGAGCUGAGAGCGCUCCGUCUUCUUCCUCGUCACGCGAACGCCCUGAGGCGAAAUGCAGCGGGGAAAGUGUUCAUCUUAGUUCAGACUCCAGAAAAUCAGACAGCGGUACGGCGACCUUGUCGAAACCCAAAGAAGUGCAGAUGAAAGAGGAAGAAGAGAAAGAACUGUCGACCCAAUCUGCCGUGAGCGAGAGUCAUCUACCAGUGAAGCCUCAGAAAGAAUGGCUGCACAUGGAUAAACUGGAGCCUGAGAAACUAGAAUGGAUGACGGACAUUCCUGCCCCCAGAAAAACACGAACCAAACAGGCGAUGCAAGCCCGGUUUGAUUUUAACGGAACACUGAUUCCCCCCACGGAGGAUUUGCCCACCCACCUAGGCCUGCACCACCAUGGAGACGAGCCUGAGCGUGCAGGUUACUCCCUACAGGAGCUUUUCCUUUUGUCUCGUAGCCAGCUCAUCCAGCAGAGGAGUUUGGCUCUCUCCACCCUUGGCAAUAUUCUUUCAAAGGCUCGCGCUGGGGACUACCAUUCAUCCCUGCAAGGCAGCAUGUUGGCCACUCUGCUCGACGCCGGCCUGGUCUUCCUACUUCGCUUUGCGCUGGAUGAUGGCGUAGAGGGAGUCAUGGCCGCCACUGUACAGGCACUCAAAGCACUUCUGGUGUGCGCAGAGGACGAGGAGUGUUUGGACCUCACUUUCCACUGGUUUCGGGGCUUGGCCGCCUUCCCACUGCUGCCAUCUCUGGAGGAAGAGAAGGAGGAUGAUGAAGGGCUAGAUGAAAGUUUAAAAGAGACUGCCAAGGAGAAGGAGGAGCGGAAGACUGAUCAUGACGUGGCUUUGCAGGAUGUCGUCAAGGGUCUCCUAAGAAUGAAAGUUCUCCCCAGAUUACGUUACAUCCUGGAGGUUGUUCGACCCUCUCCCCGGGUUGUUCAGGACAUUCUGGAGGUCCUGACCCGUAUCGCCAGACACUCUUCAUCAUCUGCCACUCAGGUGUUGGACUGUCCUCGCCUGAUGGAGACGGUGAUGUCGGAGUUCCUCCCCACUUCUUGGACGCUGCAAUGUUUUCCCCUCCCUCAGUCUUAUUAUGGACUCCCCCUUGCUUGUGCCAUGAAGCUCCUAAGAGUUUUGGCUACUUCUGGCAGACACGCAUGUGCCAGACUGUUGAACUCCGUCGGUGUGAGGGAGCGUCUGUCCUGUCUGCUCAGUGCUGAGCCCAGCGAGCUCCUUUUGGAGCCUCACGAUGCCCUCAAGAUCACCACGGAAGCCUACAGGAUGUGGGCUGUGGCAGCUGGCUACGGCCAGGCCUGCGACUUGUACAUAGACAUAUAUCCAGCUUUACUGACGGCGCUGCAGUCUGUUCGUCGAGCGCUGGCACCCUCUGACCCACUUAUGCAUCUUCAACUCCAGAAAGUUUUGGCUUUGCUUACUCUCCUUACUCAGGUCACACAUACUGCCGGGUGCCACCAGGAACUCCAGGCUGGCAUGGUCAGUUCUUCAGGAGAUGAAUGCCCUCCUCCUCCUCCGGUGUCAUGGGGUCAUGUCACAGGAUUGCCUGCACCACUUUUGGGCCAUUUGAAGAGUUUUGUAAAGGGGCUUGAUAAUCCACUACAGAGAGACUGCAGUCUGGCACUGAUACCAGCUUACUUGAUCUACUUUGAGGCCUUCUACCAUCAGCGUUCCAAACAGAACUGUUUCAAGCCUGUAGAAGCUCUCCACGAACUUGAGCAGCUGACAUCUGAUGUUCUUCUUCCUCUAAUGUCCCACAGUGUUGUGCAAGACCUAAUAAAGAAUUUAAAGUCUUCCUCAGUAGUAUGUAAUGUCCGAUCUGGUCAUGUGGGUCCGGACACCUCUCCCAGUCUUCCUGGUUUAGCCUGCCCAGGAUGGAGAGACCGGCCGGGUUUGAUGUCUCCAGGCUCUCCCUUCCCUCUUCUUACAAGCCUGGCGUUGUUCUUGGAAACUAUCAUGGGCAUCCACAAAGGGCUCAUCUGCAAGUUCACUGGCCUCCUUGUGUCAGAGCCUGUGAUUGGUUACCUGCAAAGUGUCAGUCAGGCCACGCCCACCCUGGCUCACGCACGCUCCUGGAUUCUCCGUCACGAGCACCACCUCAUCUACUUGCUGCUGCGCUUGGCAUAUAGAUCAGUAAGUUCACCUCAAGUGGCAAAGCAUGCCCCACUCUACCACCAGGUGGCGCUCGUUCUUCUCCCAUGGUUAUUGCCUGGCAGCGAGCAGCUUGCUCAAGACUUGCUCUCAACCAUCGUCUUCAGCAAGGACUUUAUAGCUGAGAGCCGUAGUGGCGGUCCAGAGGCUAUCGAGAUCGGGGAACUCAAGCUCCACGAGGAAUCGAGCCAACAAAACUCUCCUUCGCUGCAAACUGUGGGAGCUCUCCUGAGAGAAGCUUGUGCCAACUUGCCCUCCAUCCGGGGCUGCUUUCUCACUCACCUCGCCCACCUGGAGUCGUCCACUCUGGUCUCCCAGGAUGCUCUCUUCGGCCGCAACCCCUGGAUCAAAUCCCACCUCCUGCCAGAAUUGACCGGGCCCAUCCUGCCGUUGGACUGGCCUUUCCUUCCACUUGUCAGCCUCUAUGAGAAAACCGGCGUGUCAGGUGGAGGGCUUUCCGUGGAGGAGCUCCCACAAGGGGCUCUUUUGGCAGUCACCCAAUGUCUGCAGUGGUUGCUGGUGCUGGAAGUCUGGCGGGAAGACGCCCUGAAGGGGAUACUUCCAGUUGCAAAGCUGGCCCGGCUAUCCUGCGUGUUCCUAUGUUCCAGUGAUUUGUUCCUGGAGAGGCCUGUUCAGAAACUGACCUGGGGUCUGUUCCGAUUACUAUCCAGGCCAUCAAAAUUGGAAUCUUUAGAUCUCACCAUCCCACCUCCAGGUCUGGCCUCUUUUCAGGAUUUGUAUUGCGCACUUUUGGCUCAGUACGAGGCCGUGUCUUUCGGAGACCGUCUUUUCGGCUGCUGGAUUCUGCUACCCCUGCAAAGGAAGUACAGCGCCACCAUGAGGUUGGCUGUGUUUGGAGAACAUGUGGGGAUUCUGAGGUCAUUGGGUGUGACCAUAGAACAGCUUGGUAUCCCCAUGGAGAGCUUUACCUCUCCAUCUGAAGGCUCCCUCCCUCUUGUGCGCCUCUACUUCCGCUCGCUUGUCACUGGAAGCGCCAAGCCUUCCUGGUGUCCUGUACUGUACGUGGUGGCUUUGGCUCAUGUUAACGCUUUUGUCUUCUCUCAGGAUGCUGCGGUGCAGGGGCAUGCAGCAGCACGGCACAGCAUGCUGAGGAAAAUCUACUACAUGACUGAUGAGGUUUUAAAGAAGCACUUGCUGCUCUUCCACCAGCCUAAACAGGGUUCCCAGUUUGGCUUUGAAAUGUACAGUCAGUUGCCUCCUGUAAGAGCAAAGCAUUUAGAGAGGGUCGUGGGCCUGCAGAAUGCUGUCAGCUGUAAUCAGGAGGAGAGGUGA